AUUUACAGGUGAGUGUGGAAGAUGGACGUGGGAUGAGUCUGUCUCUUGUACUUUGACCUAAUAAGUAGAAACUUUAAGGGGCAUCUUUUUGUACACACACACCGGUUGCAGAUUUCUGAGUUUAAAUGUUAACUUUUAACGGCGUUUGGCUGUGGUUGUCUGCAUUCACUUCGAGUCACUAUCUCACUCGGUUGGAAGCACGGCUCUUUACGGACAUAAUUUACACCUGUUGGACCCUUUCCUGAUCAUGUCGCUGCUGAUUCGACGGUAUCAACCAAAGGACAAGGACGUAGUGUUGACCUUGUUCAGCGAUGGCAUACGAGAGCAUAUCCAUCCAUGUUUUCAAAAUGCCAUGACCAGCCCUCUGUACAUAUUCAUCAGCCUAACUCUGUGUGUUGUGGGUUACCUCGUCGGCUCUUUGUUCGUGGCAGUGCUGUUUCCAGCAGCGUGGGCAACUCUCAUCUACUACUGCAGCUACAAACUGUUUGACGACUACGUCCAGGAAAGACUUCGGACAGAUAUGCAAGACAUCAUUGGGAACUACCUAAGCAGGCCAGGUGACUGUUUCUGGGUUGCUGAGGCCGAACAGGAUGGGAAGACCCAGAUUCUUGGCAUUGUGGCUGUAAUGGCCAAGCAGAGCGGAAAAGAAAAAGUAGGGGAAUUAUUUAGAAUGAUAAUUUCACCAAAGUGCAGACGCAUGGGCCUGGGCAAGAAGAUGACUCAGACUGUGAUUGACUUUUGCAAGGAUCAAGGCUUUUCUAAAGUGGUUUUGGAAACAAGCUCUACCCAGAUGGCUGCUGUCGCCCUGUACAAAAAAUUGGGCUUCAAACUCAAGUUAACACAUAAAGACACACAAGCUGGUCCCUGGAUUAUUUUGCUGACUAGAGUCACAAUUUUAAAAAUGGAAAAAAACCUCUAACUCUAUAUAAGUACAUAAAAUGUAUAUUUUUAGAGUCUUUGAGCGUUUGUCACAGCAAAGGAAAUGUAAUACAUAGGAUAUUCCUCUAUAUUGAAUAUGGUGGUGACACAUAGAUGCUCCAGAUUAUUUUUACUCUUUGUACAAAUAAAUUCUAAUCUGAUUUCCAUGUUUAAAACUUUUUAAAAAUAGAAGACACUUAUCUUUUUGAUCCGUUUUGUUCCAACUCGGGUUGCUUAAUGGUGGAUCUUUCUUAGUUUUAAAAAAACAUUUACUUAAAUAUAUAUUUUGAGAUUCUGUCAUGCUUUUUUUAUUACUAAAUAAAUGUGCUCUAAUCCUG